UGCCUGGUCCGUGGAAUGGACGCGUCGCGCAGUCACGAGAAGCUUGGCACCGCCACCUUGCACGAGCCAGCACCAUCCUUACUCCGAUACGACUCGUGUGGGGCGAAUUCCUGGGAACCCCACGAAACCAGGACACCAUGAAGCGGGCGCGAGAGUACGACGGCCAUAGCGAGCUACCUGCAAAGGCGCGCAGGCUAUCAAAAGUUGACAGGUUUUCCAAGCUGCCGAACGAGUUGCUCAUUCGCAUCUUGACAUUUGUUCCGGUGCCGUCGCUACUUCUAUGCCAGAGGCUCUCCAAGAAAUUUCAACGUCUCGCCGUUGACUCGGAGCUGUGGAAAGCUGCCUAUUACAAGAAUUUUGUGUUGCCACGGGCGUCGCGCAUACCAGGAAUUAGAGAUACGACCGCCACUUCAGAUCAGCUGCGUUAUUCUUCGAGGUUAUCCAAAUGGCUGGAUGACGGGCAUCUUGUGAAGAAUGGGAGGAAGACAAAUUGGAAGCAACAAUACCGACUGAGGCAUAACUGGGCGCAAGGGCAAUGCGCCGUCAGCGAAAUCGUGGUUGCUGAACGACCGCCGGAACCACCCUUGCUAGUCAUGAUGUCGCAUGGGACAAUCUUCACCGCCGACUCUAUUUCAGGUCUUCGUGCAUGGAGCACUACCCACGAACGAGACCUUAUUGCAUCUGCAGCUCUGACCAGCAGCACAGGGGUCCCGCAACUUCCGACAUCGAUGGCGAUAGAGACAUCUGACAGUGAAACGGGGAAUGAAAGAGUAGUUGUGGGUUUUGACAACGGCGUGUUCAUCGUGUAUGAACUUCGGAAAGAUCAGAGAGCCUUCACGGCUCUCUUUGAGCAUGCGCCGUCGACCAAUGGGAUGCUGUCCGCCUUGGCAUAUUCGUCGCCCUAUCUACUCACCAUGACCGAGGAUCAGUUGCUCUCUAUCUAUGUUUUCUUGGACUUUCAAAAACCGAGCGUCCCAUUGGACGCGCCGAGAUUGCUGUACUCAUUAAGAUCCCACACAGUAUGGCCGCCUGUGUCCCUCUCUAUCCGCACAGCGGCGACAAGUGUGACUGCUGCCAUCGCCUAUGCCUUACCAACCUAUCUUUCUGGCUGGACCGUGGGCCUUCAAGAGAUGCGAUUGUCACUUGAUGGUAAACUAUUGGAGUCUCGACUGGCAACAGCAGCGGACCAGAAUUACCAAACACUUUCUGGACAACGUUCCAUGUCCUCACCUUCGACCCGCGCAUCGUCGCCUUUUCCAGGCAGAUCUCGUGAGCCGACAUUGGCUCACAUGCCCAGUAACUCUAAACCAACGUCAAUGUCAUACACACAUCCAUAUCUACUAGUGGCACAUCCAGACAAUACGCUCUCACUAUACCUUGUCAAGUCCAAUGCAUCUUCGCUCUCGAUAGGUCCUGGAAGUCGUCUUUGGGGACACACAUCCUCUGUGUCAGGCGCACAUGUGGGUAUGCGCGGUAAAGCUGUCUCGGUCAGUCGCUUGGGCGAUGAACUUAGGGUGUGGGACCUCGAAGGAGGAAUGGCGUCCUCUGCAAAUCGAAGGCGGUCAAGAAACGGCGAGUUGAGUGUCCGGGUUCAACCUUCAAAAGGUCUCGAGCCGAGUAGUGACAGCGCUGAAGAGAAGGCAACACAGGGAGUGGGCCUUCGAUUCGCACUUCAGCAGCGGUUUGAUGACUCGGCGGUAAGCAGAGGCUGGGUUGGGUUUGAUGAGCAGAACGUGAUAGUAUUGCGCGAGAAGGGCGAGGGCAGUCAAGCACUCGUAGUCUACGACUUCACGUGAGGACAGGACUACCUAGUUAGAACCAAACUUUUAAGUACUCUUGGCCUACGCAUUGUAUACCCCGGGAUAACACGCUGUACUCCGACUUUUGGCCU